AUGAAGGUGUUCCGCAGGAAGGCGCUGGUGCUCUGCGCGGGCUACGCGCUGCUGCUGGUGCUGACCAUGCUCAACCUCCUGGACUACAAGUGGCACAAGGAGCCGUUGCAGCAGUGCAGCCCCGACGGGUCGCUGGGUGCCGCGGCGGGAGCGGCUUCGGGUGGCUGGGGGCGUCCAGGGCCUCCUGCAGCCGUGCCGCCCCGCGCACACACCCGCUUGGAUCCCCGGACCCCAUACCGCCCGCCCGCCGCCGCAGUCCCGGCAGCUCCGGCAGUCGCGGCCGGGGCGGCGAGGGCCGCAGCCCCUCCAGGUAAUGGCACUCGGGGCGGCGGGGACAAGAGGCAGUUGGUGUACGUGUUCACCACGUGGCGCUCAGGCUCGUCCUUCUUCGGCGAGCUUUUCAACCAGAACCCCGAAGUGUUCUUCCUCUAUGAGCCGGUGUGGCACGUGUGGCAGAAACUAUACCCCGGGGACGCCGUUUCCCUGCAAGGGGCGGCGCGGGACAUGCUGAGCGCUCUCUACCGCUGCGACCUCUCGGUCUUCCAGCUGUACAGCCCCGCUGGCAGUGGGGGGCGCAACCUCACCACGCUGGGCAUCUUCGGGGCGGCCACCAACAAGGUGGUGUGCUCCUCGCCGCUGUGCCCCGCCUACCGCAAGGAGGUCGUGGGACUGGUGGACGACCGCGUGUGCAAGAAGUGCCCGCCGCAGCGCCUAGCGCGCUUCGAGGAGGAGUGCCGCAAGUACCGCACGCUGGUCAUCAAGGGCGUUCGGGUCUUCGACGUGGCGGUAUUGGCGCCACUGUUGCGAGACCCGGCCCUGGACCUCAAGGUCAUCCAUCUGGUGCGGGACCCCCGCGCUGUGGCCAGCUCACGCAUCCGCUCGCGCCACGGUCUCAUCCGUGAAAGCCUGCAGGUGGUGCGCAGCCGGGACCCCCGAGCCCACCGCAUGCCCUUCCUGGAGGCCCCCGGCCACAAACUGGGUGUCAAGAAGGAGAGCUUGGGAGGACCGGCGGACUACCACGCGCUCGGCGCCAUGGAGGUCAUCUGCAACAGCAUGGCCAAGACGCUGCAGACGGCCCUGCAGCCCCCUGACUGGCUGCAGGGCCACUACCUGGUGGUGCGCUACGAGGACUUGGUGGGAGACCCCGUCAAAACCCUGCGGAGGGUGUACGACUUUGUGGGGCUGUUGGUGAGCCCCGAAAUGGAGCAGUUUGCCCUCAACAUGACUAGUGGCUCAGGCUCCUCCUCCAAGCCUUUUGUGGUGUCAGCCCGCAACGCCACACAGGCCGCCAACGCCUGGCGGACCGCCCUCACCUUCCAGCAGAUCAAACAGGUGGAGGAGUUUUGCUACCAGCCCAUGGCCGUGCUGGGCUAUGAGCGGGUCAAUAGCCCCGAGGAGGUCAAAGACCUCAGCAAGACCCUGCUCCGGAAACCCCGACUCUGA